AUGCAAAUUUUAGCUCACGAGGCGAUGACGGUGGGCGUGGGCUCGGUGAAGAGCUCGAGCGCCUGCUCGCUGCAAAGCUCCGACUCUGGGGAGGAGAUCGUCAUCCAGACCGAGGAGGAUGUGCUGGCAAAAGCGAUUAAAGUGCGUAACGUGUUCCUGAUCGGCGCCCUCCUUCCCGGCGUCGGCUGCUACUUCUGCGUCGCCUGGACGUACAUUUUCCAAUUCCAAGAAAACAUUAUGGAGUUUCAAUCGAUCGGAAAUUGCAAUGGCACGCAUAGUUAUAUUCCCCCAAUCUCCUACACGAUCGGCGUCUGGUCCCCGCAGAGGUAUAUCUGGAUGUUCAUCGUCAUCGCCCACUUUCCGGCAAGGUUCCUCUUUGUUGUGCUCUACCGCCGCGUCUUCCUCGGCAACUCCCCGCGACACUUCAGCUAUCGUUGGGUGCUGAACUGCUUCAUGGUGACGAUGAUCCUCGAGCCGGUCGGACUUGUCUCGGUUACUGUGCUGGAUAUUAACCUUUUUGUGCUGCACUGCGUCUCAUACGCCGUGUGGCUGAUCCCGUUCAACUUCAACAUGCUCUUCAGCGUCCUGCUCCACCAUUUCAGCAGGGUGCGGAAAAGCAAUGCUAUGCACGAGCGGACCUGGCGCCUGAAGCUGAUUCUGUUCAUCACCGGAAUGAUCGUCUCCUUGUCCACCGCCGUCACCUAUCCGUAUUUUAUGGCGACGUGCAAUGAAUACGCCUACUACGCAUUUUCGAUGGCCGAGUACUCGCUGGUCACCUACAACUCGAUGUUCUACUUCUUGGCUUAUUUUGAGUUUCCGGAGAUGAAGAUCACAUUCGGCGUAAAAGAGCUGCACACCGUCCAGCGCAUCAAAGUCCACCCCCAGCGCAUCAUCGAGGAGCGCCAAUUCCGCAAAAACCAAAAGCUGCUCGUGCUCGCCGACAAGCUCGACAAAUUC